UUACAGGUAGUGUUAAGAAACUAACAGGGAUAUGUGACUAUCAUAAUUGAAAUGGAACCUUCAAUUUUACAGAAUAAUGAAGAUGUAGGUAAACCACUGGAACUACCUGUUAGUGGUAAGGCUACCACUGGUCGAAUGUAUCUGGAGUUACUUCUGAAUAAAUCUAUGAAAGUCGAAAUAUCUGACGGAAGGACAUUGAUUGGUCAAUUUCUUUGCACUGAUGCUGAUGAAAAUAUAAUACUUGGAUCCUGUCAAGAGUUUAUUGGAAAUCCAAGUGACGAAAAUGCUGAAGAACCAAGACUGCUUGGACUAGCCAUGAUUCCGGGCCGUCAUGUCAAGACCAUGCACGUUGACAUGGACAAAAAGACGCAAGAAGAUAUAGAUUUUGUGACAAAAAAAGAGGAGAGGAGUGGAGAGUCACAAUAGCAGUUUUUAUAUAUUGAAGAAGAACACCUAGAAAUACUUGUAUUCCAGGAACUCAGUAAAUAUACAGGAAGAUUUAUACAUAAAGAUUUUAAGGAGAACAUGAUGAAAACAAAUUGAGAGGAGUUGCAACAAUAAAGACUUUUUUAUGCUGUUUAUUAGCUUGUUUUAAAAUAAAUUUGGGGUUUGUCACAUUUUUUUAUCACAUAACUUCGUUGGCUUUAAGUGACGAAAUUUUUGAGAUGACGAAAUGUGCGCCGACAAAAAAUUGAUUUCGACGAAUAUUUUGAGCAAACGAAUAAUUUGGGCUAAUUUAAAUUUUUUUGCAAACUCUAUUAUAUCGUGUUGCCACAAAAAAUGUGCAUCUAAGCCUAUUUUAAGAAAACAAAAAGUAAAAUCCGUCUCUGGGAAUGGGUAUACAGUGAAACCUCCUUAUAGCGGACAUCCUUUAUAGCGGACACCUCUCUACAACGGACACUUUUCUUGGGAACGGAUGAAACGACGGUCAAACUCUCAUAACAAACCCUCCAUGUAGCGGACACUCUAUAGCGGCCACCUCUAUAUAACGGACAUCAUUUCAAGGUCCCGAUUGACAUUUCCCCCUGGAACUGACUUCUCUACAGCGGACAGGUUUAAGAAUGGGUCAUACAAAACAAAAUUUUUGUCAAGAAUUUGUUUAUAUUUGCUUAAGACAAUGUUUUAUAUAUUUAAUAAUUCUUCAAUCUUUUGUAUGUUUUCUUUCAGCCGGUUUAUGGCUUUUUCAGGGCUAUAAAAACGAAAAUUUGCAGGGAUUUUCAGGUCGUAUCUACCUCUGCGGUUAACGCGUUUCCUAGUCACUAUAAUUUCCAUAGAGCAAUAAGGGAGGGAUAGAAACAUAAACACGACUUUAGAUAUAUUUUUAGGUACAUGACCAACCACCACUUCUUUAGUACAAUGAGAAUUUGAGCUAAUUUUGGGAAAAACCUCUAUAUAGCGGACAUACACCUCUCUAUAGCGGACACUUUUUUGAGGUCCCGAUCGUGUCCGCUAUAGAGAGGUUUCACUGUAUAUAUUUUAUUAAACGUGUAGUAAAUGUAAAAGAGAAAACAAAACAAGUUUCGAUGAAA